AUGUGUGCGGUCAAAGUGUCGUACUAUCUAGUUCAAAGUCCCUGCUGUCGGUGCCCAACGCCCUGGCUGGUGCUGCGUGCGGCGCCACGGGACAGGACUCACAGGCAAGUUUUCGCAUACCUUCUCAGCAUGUCCAGCUUGGAGUGCCGAAACACCUUCCUGGAGGUGGUUCCUAGCAGCUCUUGGUUCCCGCAACGGCGAUCUCAGAGCUGCGAGGCCGUCGACCGCUUCGCAGACGAGUUCCUGGACACGAGGGCAGAUGAUCUACUGCGUAGAGCCGCUGGCGCGUAUGCUUGGCAAUCCGACUGGCCUGAAGGCAUUUCCAGUGGCAGCAUGGGACAUCCUUUCCUAUGCAAAGCUCCGUGCAUCCGGGCGGUCUACGGAACUUGCAUGAAGGGCCCCAGGUGCGAGUUCUGCCAUUUGGAGCACAACCAUCCGAAGCGCAAACUACGUCGACAGGACAGGCAGCGAUUGGAGGAGAUGCCGGAACUGCUGGUUCUGCUGAUCCUCCAGUGGCACGUCCAGCGCUGUGCUACCAAGCUCCGUCUGGAUGAGCCAUUGCAACUCGUGUUGGCAGUACUGGAACGACGCGUGAAUUUGCUGCGUCCACAGCUGUGCCGAAUCUGA